GAUUACCAGUAUUUUGGUUCCUUGUUGAACGAGGAAGAUGAAGAGGAGUUGUCUCCCGAUGAACAGAAGGAGCGGAAGAUUAUGAAGCUUUUGCUCAAGGUUAAAAAUGGCACACCCCCUCAGAGGAAAACUGCUUUGAGACAGCUUACUGAUAAGGCCAGAGAAUUUGGUGCGGGGCCCUUAUUUAAUCGAAUUCUGCCAUUGCUCAUGCAACCCACAUUGGAAGACCAAGAAAGGCACUUGCUGGUUAAAGUUAUUGAUAGGGUACUCUACAAAUUGGAUGAAUUGGUUCGCCCGUAUGUGCACAAGAUUCUUGUCGUUAUUGAACCUCUUCUGAUUGAUGAAGAUUAUUAUGCUCGUGUUGAAGGAAGGGAAAUUAUAUCUAAUCUUAGCAAGGCAGCUGGCUUGGCGACUAUGAUUGCUGCCAUGCGUCCAGAUAUUGACAACAUUGAUGAGUAUGUCAGGAACACAACUGCUCGAGCUUUUAGUGUUGUAGCGUCUGCACUCGGUAUUCCUGCUUUGCUGCCGUUCCUGAAAGCAGUUUGUCAGAGUAAGAAGUCUUGGCAGGCUCGUCAUACGGGUAUUAAGAUUGUUCAGCAGAUCGCUAUUCUCAUUGGUUGUGCUGUUCUUCCACAUUUGAGGUCUUUGGUGGAAAUUAUUGAACAUGGUCUCAAUGAUGAGAACCAGAAGGUCAGAACUAUUACAGCUCUUUCUCUGGCUGCUCUUGCUGAAGCUGCUGCGCCGUACGGUAUUGAGAGUUUUGAUUCAGUUUUGAAGCCCUUAUGGAAGGGUAUUAGAUCACAUCGUGGCAAGGUUUUGGCUGCCUUCUUAAAGGCUAUAGGUUUCAUCAUUCCUCUUAUGGAUGCUGUAUAUGCCAGCUACUAUACCAAAGAAGUUAUGGUUAUUCUUAUUCGUGAGUUUCAAUCACCUGACGAGGAGAUGAAGAAAAUUGUGUUGAAAGUGGUGAAGCAGUGCGUGAGUACAGAAGGUGUGGAGCCGGAUUACAUCCGUCAAGACAUACUUCCAGAGUUCUUCAGGAACUUCUGGGUCAGAAGAAUGGCUUUGGACCGCAGAAACUACAAGCAGCUUGUUGAAACCACUGUGGAGAUAGCGAACAAAGUUGGUGUAGCUGAUAUAGUUGGGAGAAUUGUGGAAGACCUCAAAGAUGAAAGUGAACCAUACCGAAGAAUGGUCAUGGAGACCAUUGAGAAAGUGGUUGCAAAUCUUGGUGCAUCUGAUAUUGAUGCUCGAUUGGAAGAGCUUUUAAUUGAUGGAAUCCUUUAUGCCUUCCAAGAGCAGACCAGUGACGAUGCCAACGUGAUGCUUAACGGAUUUGGUGCUGUUGUAAAUGCACUUGGCCAAAGAGUUAAACCAUACCUUCCUCAGAUUUGUGGUACCAUAAAAUGGCGACUGAACAACAAGAGUGCAAAGGUGAGACAGCAAGCUGCAGAUCUGAUAUCCAGAAUUGCAGUGGUUAUGAAGCAGUGUGGGGAAGAGCAACUAAUGGGCCAUCUUGGUGUUGUCUUGUAUGAGUACUUGGGAGAAGAAUACCCAGAAGUUCUAGGAUCUAUACUGGGGGCUCUCAAGGCUAUUGUGAAUGUUAUUGGUAUGACCAAGAUGACACCUCCAAUUAAGGACUUGCUUCCUCGGUUGACCCCAAUUUUGAAGAAUCGUCACGAGAAAGUUCAGGAGAACUGUAUUGACCUUGUUGGUCGAAUUGCAGAUCGUGGAGCUGAAUUUGUUCCUGCAAGGGAGUGGAUGAGAAUUUGUUUUGAGCUUCUUGAGAUGCUUAAAGCCCACAAGAAAGGUAUCCGUCGAGCAACAGUGAACACAUUUGGGUACAUUGCUAAAGCUAUUGGGCCUCAGGAUGUGCUUGCAACAUUGUUGAACAACCUUAAGGUGCAGGAACGUCAGAACCGUGUCUGCACCACUGUCGCCAUUGCUAUUGUUGCAGAAACCUGUUCUCCCUUUACAGUCUUGCCUGCCUUGAUGAACGAAUAUCGAGUCCCUGAGCUUAAUGUUCAGAAUGGUGUCUUGAAAUCUCUCUCCUUCCUUUUCGAGUACAUUGGAGAAAUGGGCAAGGACUAUAUAUAUGCUGUGACUCCAUUAUUGGAAGAUGCUCUAAUGGACAGAGAUCUUGUACACAGGCAGACUGCUGCCUCUGCUGUGAAGCACAUGGCUCUUGGAGUUGCUGGUCUUGGAUGUGAAGAUGCGCUUGUCCACCUUUUGAACUACGUCUGGCCAAACAUUUUUGAGACUUCUCCACAUGUGAUCAAUGCAGUUAUGGAAGCCAUUGAAGGAAUGAGGGUUGCACUGGGAGCAGCCGUAAUCCUUAACUAUUGUCUGCAGGGGUUGUUCCAUCCAGCAAGGAAAGUUAGGGAAGUGUACUGGAAGAUUUACAAUUCUCUGUACAUUGGCGCUCAGGAUGCACUUGUAGCUGCUUAUCCCAUUCUGGAAGAUGAUGAAACCAAUGUUUUCAGUAGGCCUGAGCUCAACAUGUUUAUUUAGAUAUUUGCCUCUUAUAGCUGGUUUACCAUUUUUAAAGCUGUUUUCCUUGUUGCAGCGUAAUGAAGUGUAAUAGUCUUUAUUAUUUGUUAAAGACUUGUGAUGUAAGCUUGGUGUUCUGGUUGUUGCUUUUGAGACAUAAGCUCCUCUUGAGAUGUAGUGUAGUAUCUUAUCUUCCUUAUUGCAUGACAUACUUUAAGGAAUACUAAGAUUUUGUAUGAAGUGUUCUGGGGAUCUCUUCU